UCUUUAUCUCGGCUCGGUUCUACCCCGGACACGUCUUGACCGCCAUACAUAGCCCCUACACAGCUUUGUUUUCUGCGCAGCAGUGAAGUGGAGGAGAAGGGCUGUCAUUCUGUGCUGCGGUUUCGUCCUCAAGGGGAGGAGCCAGUUGUUGAUUCUGCGCUGCAAAAAUAAGGCGCCGUACCGAGGUAAAGGACUGCAAACACUCGACAGGAGGCCUUAAAUGAUGGGUAGUCAACCAAUUCUGGACUAACUCACAUCUAGCGUACUGCAGUGGAGCUGAAGGAAAAGAAGACUGAAGAGAGGCACAGUAAACCUGAUAGUGAUGUUUUCCACAGGCAGAGAUUACCUACUCCCCACCGUCUCCUUCUCCAUCUCUCCAUCUCUCCCUCUUCUCCUCCCUCAUACAGCCAAGUAGGCAUCCAACUCCAAGAGUCUGAGCUGUGAGAGCGCAUUGUGCUGAUUUGCCCACAAACACACACGCACGCACGCACACACACCCACACACACACACACACACACACUCUCACACUCACACUGCGUCCUGCUCAUGGUCGUUGGCUUGUCCUCCCCAGCUGCUGCUCCUGCUCUACUUAUAGACCAUGAAGAGGCCAAAGCAGCAGACAGGGCCCCUGAGCUUUCUAAACUUUUUCAGCCGAAAGCCCAAAUCAGAACCAAGGUCCGAGAGGCCUGUGGAAGCGUGGCCCAAAGAGGAAGUAGCCAUUACCCUGACUCCGAGCGAGCAUCCAGAGCAGGAUCUCAACUUCAGAGCAGAAGAGGUUGGAGACUUAAGAGUUUCUGGAGCAGAAAAAGGAGAAGGAGGAGGUCUGCCAGCAGCAGAUGAGGUUGAUGAGAAUGGGGCUGCCACAGGCGAGUGCAUGGGCAGCGGCUCCACUGGUGUCCUGUCCCUCUCUUCCUCCAGUCAAGAGCAGCUACUGGAUGAACAUCUGGAGGAGUGCCCACUGUGCCUGCUCAGUCAACCGCGGUGCCACUUCCCACGACUCACCUCCUGUUCCCAUAGGUCAUGCUCCGACUGCCUCCGUCAGUACUUGCGCAUUGAGAUAUCUGAGAGCCGAGUAGGCAUUGCUUGCCCACAGUGUUCUGAAACACUGGCACCACUGGAUGUUCGUGCCAUUCUGGAUGACCAGGCACUGCUGGAGAGGUUCGAGGAGUACCAGUUGAGGCGUUUUCUGGCUUCUGAUUCAGAUACACGCUGGUGCCCUGCGCCUGACUGCAGCUAUGCAGUGAUAGCUUACGGCUGUGCAGAGUGUCCCAAGCUGAUCUGUGGCCGUAAAGGAUGUGAUACCGAGUUCUGCUACCACUGUCGGCAGCUGUGGCACCCCAACCAGACGUGUGACCAGGCCCGGCGUCUGCGAGCCCGCCACACCUCAGGUGGCAAUGAUGCCUCCAUGCUAUACAUCUUCAAUGAAGAACCUGGAGGAGAAGCAGAAGAAAUCAAAGCAUGCCCUCGCUGUGGUGCUUAUAUCAUGAAGACCAAUGAUGGCAGCUGUAACCGUAUGAAUUGCACAGUAUGUGCCUGUCAGUUCUGCUGGCUUUGUAUGCAGGAGAUCACGGACGUGCACUACCUCAGUCCCUCAGGAUGUACAUUCUGGGGGAAAAAGCCAUGGUCUCAAACCCGCAAGGUACUAUGGCAGGUGGGCAUGUUGCUUGGAGCACCUGUGGUCAUCUCCCUUAUAGCGGGCAUCGCCAUCCCAGUCAUCAUUGUAGGCAUACCAAUAUACAUGGGCCGCAAGGUCCAUGGUCGUUGUAAGAAAACCAAUAUCUCAGGAAGUAAACACUACUUGACUGUGGCAAGUGGGGUGAUGAUGUCAGUGUUUGUAUCGCCGGUCAUAGCAGCUGUGACUGUGGGUGUGGGUGUGCCUCUAAUGCUGACUUACGUCUAUGGGGUUGUCCCCAUGUCACUGUGUAGGAACGGCUGGUGUCGACCGCAGAGUGAGCCCCCUGAAACACACAAAAUCCAACUGGAAGACUUAGCCAGCUAUCUUCUAUUCUCUCAUGUAGUCAGUGAUCACUGGAUGGGUCAGAACAACCCAACACUCAGCGAUACCAGUGUCCAGGAAGUCAGAGUCAGUGUACAGGAUGUGGGUGUCCUCCCAAGUACAAGCACCACACCCCCGGAGCAAGAUAGAUAUGUUGGACUGGAUGAAGCCACAAAACGCCAUGGAUACACUCAGCAGGACAGCCAGUCUGACUGUGAGGUGGUUAGUGUGCCUGACAGUAAGCUUGAUGACACACAAGCGCUUACUUUAAGGGAAAGAACCAAUAUCCACAAGGAUGGAACCAAUAUUGAGGUUCGUGUGGAAAUUGAGACCCAUCCCAGAGGUGCACGCCAGUCCAGCCUAAGUAGCAUUCUGUCUAGCCGAAGCUUGUCAUUGGAGUCAAUGGGACACUCACAGUCCCAAUCCCAAGACUACUCGUGUGCCUCUGAACUAGAAGAAAGACGAGAGCAGGGAGGAAGAGAAGGAGAGGAGCAGGAGGGAAGAGUGAAACCAGGAGGGGAAGCAGGAGACAAAGGGACAAUUUUCCCAGUCUUUCAAACAGAUGGUGUAUGAGAUCAUUACAUACAGGUUUUGUAUUUGGUUGAAGAUUUAGUCAGGUAUUAUGGAAAUAUACCAAUCCAUGAGCUGACAUGACACUGGACUGACCUGAGAAUUGUUGGCCAACGUCACCUCCUCUUUCCAAGACAGUUCCUCCCACCAGAUGCCUUCUAGCUCCACCGUCUAAGGAAGAUGUGGGUUUAGAGAGAGCAAAUGUAAAAGAUGAGUGUGUAUGAGUAUGUGUGAUGAGACUAAUAGCAUGAGAAUGACAAAAACUGGAUAGCUAUAAGGCAGACAGGAGAGCAUGUUUCCCAACUAGUUUGGUACAUUUUUCUGUUAUACUUCCUGAAAGAAACUACCUUUCUUUCCCUCUAUUAUAAAUCUAUUUCCUGAAGUCCUUUCUUCAUCUGGCUGUUCUUUCAGUGACUUCACAUCACUCUUCCCUCAACUUUUACAAAAAAAGAGACCAUCACAAGCAUGAUAUCUUUAAUGGGGGACUAAGAAUCUAACAAAUGUCUUGUCUGUGACUAAAUAUAAAACACACCCAUGCCAUGCUACAACAGAAUUUCUUUUUUUUUUUUUUUUAAUCUGAACAAAUAUGUCCAAUAUUCACACACCUGAAUUGGGCUGCUUUAAACAAGUGAUGCAUUCUACGCUGUUUGAUUAUUCUUUUUGAACGAAGUCCAAUGGAAAAUCCCAAUCAAACUUGUUUAUGCCUGUAACUGUUGUUCUCUAUUAGAGAAGGUGCUCUGUGAUAGUGUGACAGUGAUUGUUUGAACUGACUAGAGGGCUUUUAAACUCCAUGAAUUAUAACUUAAUCAACGAUCCACAGUCUUCCAUAAAAGCAGGUGGUUAAAGUCUCAUUUUUUUACUUGUUUUAGUGCAGCUUUUACCCUUCACUACACUAUUUCCUUUUAAAAUGAAGAGGGAGAUUUAGCUUUAGUUUGUAAAAAUGUUCAGUCUAAUGCAGGACAAUAUGGCAGCAACACAACAGUCUUUUUCUGAGGGGUCUUAAAUUUGAAAAGCUGCAUGAUUCUACUAGUCGCUGUGUAUCCAGAAUAAUCUAUGAACACAAGAAGAUUUGCACAUACACACUCACAUGUUCAACAGCAGUUAGUGUAGCUGCAGUAGUGUGCACUGCUGACAGCAUUAAAUAUAAAAUAAAGACCCUCUCGAAUAACCACAGAGCACCAAAAUUACAACAGCAGCAUGCCAUUGCUGGCUAAACUGUAAUAACCCCUUCUAGGUGAUUUGUAAGAAAUACAUGACUAUACAGUAUGGCGCUGCUUUGUUUCCUGAGUGUGAAAUACUUGUGAGAUGAACUUGGACUCGACAUGAUACCCUGUGCUGGGUUGUGGAGAAAAACUGAAUAAAGAUUUCACCAUGACGGACAAAAAAAAAA